UUGUGACAGUGGAGCCCAGUUUGCUCUGCAGGAUCCAGAGAUGGAAUCAGUGAAGCUAGAAGACUGCAGUCAAACACUGGAGCUGAAUGUCAACAUUAAAGAUGAAGAAGAGGAGGAGAAGAUUAGGACAACUGUUAGUCAUGGAUACCACGUUGAGACAUUCUCUACACCCAGAGAGCAACAGCAGGAAGAUCAGAGAGCUAAGAGGUCUCAUCACUGCCCACAUUGUGAAGAGAUUUUCCCAUUUCUAUCAAAGCUAAAAAUACACCUAAAAAUGCACACAGGUGAGAAGCCAUACUCCUGCUCAGACUGUGGAAAAUGCUUCACAACAUCAACUGAUCUAAAACUUCAUCAGAGAACACACACCGGAGAGAAGCCUUACUCCUGCUCUGACUGUGGGGCGAGUUUCUCUCAUCUGGGCACCUUAAAAACACACCAACGUAUACACACAGGAGAGAAGCCUUACUCCUGCUCUGACUGUGGAAAAUGCUUCACAACAUCAACUGAUCUAAAAGUUCAUCAGAGAACACACACAGGAGAGAAGCCUUACUCCUGCUCUGACUGUGGAAAAUGCUUCACAACGUCAACUUAUCUAAAAGUUCAUCAGAGAACACACACAGGAGAGAAGCCUUAUUCCUGCUCUGACUGCGGAAAAAAAUUUAAAACAUCAAAAGAGCUAAAGGUUCAUCAGAGAACACACACAGGAGAGAAGCCUUUCUUCUGCUCUGACUGUGGGGCGAGUUUCUCUCAUCUGGGCACCUUAAAAACACACCAACGUAUACACACAGGAGAGAAGCCUUACUCCUGCUCUGACUGUGGAACUAGUUUCUCUCAACUUUCCCACUUGAAAUCACAUGAACGUAAACACACAGGAGAGAAGCCUUACAUCUGCUCUGACUGUGGAAAAUGCUUCAAAACAUCAACUGAGCUAAAAGUUCACCAGCGAACACACACAGGAGAGAAGCCGUACUACUGCUCUGACUGUGGAACUAGUUUCUCUAAAUUUUCCCACUUAAAAACACAUGAACGUAUACAUACAGGAGAGAAGCCUUACGUCUGCUCUGACUGUGUGGCGAGUUUCUCUCAUCUGGGCACCUUAAAAACACACCAACUUAUACACACAGGAGAGAAGCCUUACGUCUGCUCUGACUGUGGAAAAUGCUUCACAACAUCAACUCAUCUAAAAGUUCAUCAGAGAACACACACAGGAGAGAAGCCGUAUUACUGCUCUGACUGUGGAACUAGUUUCUCUCAACUUUCCCACUUAAAAUCACAUGAACGUAUACACACAGGAGAGAAGCCCUAUUACUGCUCUGACUGUGGAAAACGUUUUAAAACAUCAACUGAGCUAAAAGUUCAUCAGAGAACACACACAUGAGAGAUGCCUGCUUACGUCUUGUCUGAUUAUUGGGUGAGUUUCUCUCACCAUAGCAACUUAACACACCAAUGUAUACAUACACACAGGGGAGAAGCCUUACUCUGUGGAGAGGUGGGCUUGUAAGUCAAACGUCUAGCCAAAGGCUGCGUGUUUGAAUCUCAUCAGAGAGGACUUUAGCAUUUUAACUAAUUAGCAACUUUGCAACUUCUUACUAAUUUUUUAGCUAUGUCAGCAUGUUAGCUAACCUUUUCCCUAAACCCAUUUAACUCUACCUUAAACCCCUCACCCCUAACCUAGCAACAACAAAUUGGAAUUCGUAACAUAUCAUACAUAUUACAAGUUUGUAACAUAUUGUAUGAAUAGCAAUGCGUAAAAUAACAUACAAAUCGUAUUAUACUGAACAACAAUCUAAACGCAACAAUUUCAAAGAUUUACAGUUUGUAUAAGGAAAUCAGUCAAUUGAAAUAAAUGAGGCCCCAAUCUAUGGAUUUCACAUGACUGGGCAGGGGCUCAGGCAUAGGCCCACUUGGGAGCCAGGCCCAGCCAAUCAGCACGAAUUUAUCCCCACAAAAGGUCUUUAUUACAGACAGAAAUACAACUCAGCCCCCUCCCAGACAAUCCUGCAGGUGAAGAGGUACUGGGCUGCCGUGGUUACAUGUGAUCUGCAGUUGUGAGGCCGGUUGGAUGUCCUGCCAAAUUCUCUAAAAGGACGUUAGAGGUGGCUUAUGGUAGAGAUAUAAAUAUUGAGUUCUCCGGCACCAGCUCGGGUGGACAUUCCUGCAUUCAUCAUGACAAUUGCACAUCCCCUGAACUUGAGACAUCUGUGACAUUGUGUUGUGUGGCCUUUUAUUGUCCCCCUGCACAAGGUGCACUUGUGUAAUGAUAAUGCUGUUUUAUCAGCAUAUUGAUAUGCCACACCUGUCAAGUGGAUGGAUUAUUUUGACAAAGGCUGAAAUGCUCAUGAACAGGGAUGUAAACAAAGUUGUGCACAACAUUUGAGAGACGUUAGCUGACGUUGAUGGAUUGAUGGAUUUUUUUUUAUUUCAGCUCAUGAAACCAACACUUUAUGUUUAGUUUAUAUUUUAGUUCAGUUUUUCAGGGAAACAAAGGUUCAAUAACAUACUAAAUGGAUGUUUUUUUGUAUAAUAGAAUACGUUUUGCUCUGAGACCAGGUUGUCCCUCGGCAGUAUUCUGUGGGAAGGAGCUAUUUUACAAUGUUUUACAUUUAUUUAUUGAACCUUUGUUUAACUAGGCAAGUCAGUUAAGAACAAAUUCUUAUUUACAAUGAUGGCCUAGGAACAGUGGGUUAACUGCCUUGUUCAGAGUGUGAUGAUCACUUUUCACCAUUAGUUUGGUGGGGAUUGUUAUUCAACUUAAUUUAAUGAUACACAGCUUAUGAAAUGAAUACAUGUGCUUAUUAAUUGUCUUUAAAACUAGAUUAGUUAUUUUAGUUACUGAUCAUGAAUGUGUUUGGAUAACUGCAUUGAAGCAAACUUUAUUGAUCUGCCAAUGAAAAAUAAAGUUACAUGAAUAUGUA